AUGUGCGGUGACGACAGGUUAACCCAUCUUCCCGAACCCAUCCUGUGUCACAUCCUUUCGUUCCUCGACACCAAAUCGACCGUUCAGACCUCAGUGCUCUCCCGGGGUUGGAACCGAACCUGGAAGCAUGUCCCAGCGCUCGACUUACAUACAAAUUUUUUUCGACAGGCUGCCGAGUUCGACAGGUUUGUGUCCAAGGUUUUGUCCCUCCGCUACGACGACCUUAAGCUCCGCAAGGUUUUCUACUACGGCGGCGACGGAAGCCUGCCAAAAGACAAGGGCAGUAUGUCUCUGCAAGUCGUCGACUACGCGUUAUCCCACGACGUUGAAGAGUUAGCCCUGCACAGGAAUAUCAGGGACGAAACGUACUGGAAUUUCAGCGUAAUAUUCUCCGAUUACUGCGAUACUAAUAGCGAGAAGAGGAAGAAGAAGAAGAAGACGAAUAGUCACCUGAAAGCUCUAGACCUCGACUGGAUCAACCUCGACCAUGGCUUUGCAACCUGCUCUGGCUUCCCAAUGUUGACCACGUUGACCCUGCGAAGUUGCCCUUUUGGUACUGCUCGGGGUCUCACUCUCACUAACUUCCCUUGCUUGAAAAAUUUGUCCAUGAAUUUCUGCUACCGGACGGAGGGUUCCGGAAUGGGGAGAAAGUUGAAGAUACAUGGCCCCCAACUGCUCAGCUUGAAACUGGAGCUGAUGGCGUGCUACGAGAUUGAGAUAUACGCGCCGGAGCUCGAAACUUUCACUCUCUGUGAAAAGGUGACGACUGGCACAGUUGGCAAUGGGUUCUUCGAUUCAGCUCCCAUUCCUGAUCUGGAUCGUGCAGAUAUCGAGUUGAAGGCGCCGGACCCGGGCAUGAAGCGUUUGGACAGGACAGUCGCGGGUGAGUAUUUGAGAUCCUUGUUCCAAUAUGUGCAGAGCGCGAAAAAUUUGAAGCUGCGCAGCUCUAGUACUGUUGUGAUACUGAACUGUAUGCGUGAUGAGAUUCUGGAGCAGCAUCCAUCUCCUUUUAAGAGGAUGGAGUCCUUGAUUCUGCCGGACAACAAAUUACAUGACAAAGUCAUCGAUUACUUUUUUGAAGCGUCUUCUUGUAAGGAACCAAACAUUUUCGUUGGAGAUGCGCAUGGUCGAUCGUCGAUGGAUACAGUACAGUGA